GAAGAAGAAUUCUUGUCCAGUCACCAUCUUGGAAUUAAUGCUCUAGAAUCUGGUGAAUUUGAAACAGCCCUGUAUUACUUCAACUUAGAACUGAAUGAAGCCAUAGAGAUCGGUAACAAAACCUCAAAAGCAACUGCAUAUAAUGAUCUUGGCUUGGCGUAUAACUCUCUCGGUAAUUUUAAAAGAGCAAUCGAGUUUUACCAGCUAGGCGUAAAAAUCGCUGAAGAGAAUAAAAAUGACAAUUUGAAAGGAACUUUAUAUGAGAACCUUGGUGUUGCCUAUCACUCUCUGGGUGAUUUCAAUGAAGCAAUCAAGUUUCAUCAGGCUGGCCUAAGAAUCGCAGAAGAUACUGAAAACAAACCUUUAGAAGAAACUAUAUGUACCAACCUUGGCGUUGCCUAUCACUCUCUCAGUGAUUUCAGAAAAGCAAUCGAGUUUCAUUGGCACGGUUUAAGUAUCGCAAACCAGAAUGGAAACAGGGAUACAGAAGGAACUGGAUAUAACAACCUUGGCAGUACCUAUCACUCUCUCGGCGAUUUCGAGAAAGCAAUCGAGUUUUAUACCAAAAGUCUAGAUAUCGCUUUUGAAACUGGAAACCCAGGUCUAGAAGUAACUGGAAACAGCAACAUUGGCAGUGCUUAUCAGUCUCUCGGUGAUUUCGAUAAGGCAAUAGCGUUUUAUCGGGAAAGUCUGAGUAUCGCUAAAGGGACUGGAAACAGAGAUGCACAAGAAACUGUAUCUAACAACCUUGGCAGUGCCCAUGAGUCUCGCGGAGAGUACGAGGAAGCAAUCAACUUUUAUCGUUCAAGUCUCAGUAUCGCAAAAGAGACAGGAAAUCAAAAUGCACUUGGAUCUGGAUUCAACAACCUCGGGCGUGCGUAUUCAUCUCUCCGUGUUUUUGGAAAAGCAAUUGAGUUUUUCCAGCUGAGUCUAAGUAUCGCUGAAGAGACUGGAAACAGAGAUUCACAAGAAGCCGCAUAUAACAACCUUGGUGUUGCCUAUCACUCUCUCGGUGAUUUCAAGAAAGCAACCGAGUUUUAUCAGCAUAGUCUAAGUAUCGCUGAAGAGAAUGGAAACAAAACUUUAGAAGUAGCUAGAUAUGUCAAACUUGGCAGUGCCUAUCAGUCUCUCUAUGAUUUUAAGAAAGCAAUCGAGCUUUAUCAACGUAGUCUACGUACCGCAAAAGAGAUUGGAGAUAAAUAUUUACAAAUGAUUGUAUACAACAACCUUGGCCGUGCCAAUGAGUCUCGUGGUGAUUUCAAGAAGGCACUCAAGUUUUUUAAGCUGGGUCUAAGUACCGCAGAAGAGACUGAAAGCAAAGAUGCAGAAGGAAGUGCAUAUAACAAUCUCGGUAGGGCCUGUAACUCUCUCUGUGAUUUCAAUGAAGCAAUCAAUUUUCUUCAGCUGGGCCUAAGAAUCGCAGAAGAUACUAAAAACAAAACUUUAGAGGAAGUUAUAUAUACCAACCUUGGCGUUGCCUAUCACUCUCUUGGUGAUUUCGAAGAAGCAAUCGAGUUUCAUCGGCACGGUUUAAGUAUCGCAAAACAGAAUGGAAGCAAGGAUACAGAAGGAACCGGAUAUAACAACCUUGGCAGUACCUAUCAUUCUCUCGGUGAUUUCAAGAAAGCAAUCAUGUAUUGUCGGGAUAGCCUGAGAAUCGCAAAAGAGUCUGAAAACAAAAAUUUAGAAGGAGGAGCAUAUAGUAACCUUGGCCGUGCCUAUUCGUCUGUCGGUGACUUAAAAAAAGGGAUCGAGUUUUAUGAGGCUAGUUUUAUUAUUGCAAAAGAGACUGGAAACAAAAAUUUACAAGGAAUUAUAUAUGCCAAUCUUGGCACAGCCUAUGAGUCUCUUGGUGAUUUCGAGAAAGCAAUCAAGUCUUAUGAAGAAAGUCAAAAAAUCGUAAAACGGACUGGAAACAAAAAUUCAGAAGGAACUGUAGAAAACAACCUCGGUACCGCCUAUUACUAUCAAAAUAAAUUUGGACGUGCACAGGAACACUGGAAAGUUGGACUACGUAUCGCAAGAGAGACUGAAAACAAACAUUUAGAAGGAACUGUGUACAACAACCUUGGCUUGUUCGAAUACUGUGUCGGUGGUGUCGGUGGUUUUAACAAAGCAAAGGAACAUUUUCAGCAAGGUCUAAGAAUCGCAAAAGAAACUGGAAACAAAGAUUCAGAAUCAAAAACUUAUAUCAACUUUGGCCGCGUCUCUCAGUCUCUCAAUGAUUUCGAAAAAGCAGUCGAGUUUUAUCAGCGUGCUCUGAGUAUCGCAAGAGAGACUGGAAACAAACAUUCAGAGCAAGUUGCAUUUAGCACUCUUGCUCACGCCUUUUGGUCUCAAGGUGACUUGGUUGAAGCCGAGGAGUUUUUUAAGUCCUCUAUAAAACUGUUCGAGGAAAUGAGGGUUCUCCUUCAAAUGGAAGACGAGAGGAAGAUUAGCUUUCGAAAUAAACUUGAUUGUAGUCAGUGUUUGAUGAAACUUCAAAUACAACGAGGCAACAUCCUCGAUGCGCUUUCGACAGCUGAGAAGGGACGAGCACAAGCUCUUAUGGAUCUCAUGGAACUGCAAUAUGCCACAAACGCCAGAAAUUCUACUCAAACGGCUUCAAAACAGCAGAUGGAACCUCCAAUAUCUAGCGUCGUGUCAACUACGCUAUUUUCAGCUGAAGACACCGAAACAAUGAAUUUCUGGUUACUGAGGAAGGGGCAGAGGUGGCAUUUUGAGCAACAGGAAUUCAGUGAGAACAAGAUAAAAGCAUUGACUGAGAAAACAUACGAUACGAUUGGUGUCAAGAGGAGUGUGGGGUUUGACGAGGACUCGCAGGAUGAAUCAGAUGAUGAAGAUGAGAUGGAAGACUUAUUCUAUAGAGGUGAGGAAGAAUCGGUAUCAUUACCACAAGACGAGAAGGGUUGCUUAAAAACAUUGUAUGACUUGAUUAUCGCUCCAAUUUCACGCUUGAUAAACGAUGAUGAACUCAUCAUUGUUCCUGGCGGCUCAUCAUUCUUGAUUCCUUAUGCAGCCCUCAUGGACCAAGAUUCUAGGUAUUUGUCUGAAACGUGGAGAAUUCGAUUGGCCCCAUCACUACGAAGCUUGAGGCUGCUGGCAGAGUGUCCAGAGGGCCACCAUAGUACAACCGGUGCGCUACUUGUUGGUAAUCCGUGGGUGGAAACUGUACUCGUAAAAAAUAAACAAAAAUCAUUCCCGCGGCUUCCAGGUGCUGAGGAAGAAGUACAAAUGAUUGGACAGAUUCUUAACAUUCAACCUCUCAUUGGAAAGAACGCUACAAAAGAAAACGUUUUAAGAAAGAUCAACAAAGUUUCCUUAGUACACAUUGCAGCUCAUGGUCUUGGAGAAACAGGAGAAAUUGUUUUGUCUCCUAAUCUUGCUAGUUCGGGCAUACCCAAGGAGAAAGACUUUCUUUUAACGAUGGCAGAUGUGUUAGAUGCACAUCUCCGCGCUAAGCUUGUUGUCUUAAGCUGCUGUUGCAGUGGACGUGGGAGGAUCAACGCCGAAGGUAUGGUUGGUAUUGCACGCGCUUUUCUGGGAUCCGGUGCACGGUCUGUUAUUGCGUCACUGUGGAAUAUUGAUGACGUAGCCACUCUGGAGUUCAUGAGACACUUCUACAAGCAUUUGGUAGCGGGGCAAAGUGCAAGUAAGUCGCUUCAUCAUGCCAUGAAAUGGAUGCGGGAGUCAGAAAAGUUCAAUGAAGUGAAGCAUUGGGCGCCAUUCGUACUAAUUGGCGAUGACGUGACAUUCAAUUUUGGCCAGUGA